AUGUACGGCUACCACGACAUGAACUACAAAUACGACCUGGAGGAUUUAGAUAAUGAUCGGAACACCUACCUGCCGAACCAUAACGAUCGCGGUAUAAUAAGUUUUCCAGAUAUGCUCGCGCCAGCGGCACGACCUGUUCGAAUAGACCCUGGAACUUGGUCGACCAAUCCCAGAUAUGUUCAAGAUUAUUCCUACUCGAAAUCACGGCCGAGAUCAUACAGCUUUUUCGAUGACAGUUCUUUUAACUUGGCAAAAUCUAGGGACCCUAGAUUUACCGACGGUGGUAAUCCUGAAAUAAAACAGAAAACUGUUAAAUCAAGUAAACUUUCCAUACUUCCGCUGCAAAUCACGUUGCAUUCACAUGAGCUUAACAAGCAUCAAAGCAAUCCAAGCAAAGAAAAAUGUAAUAUCUGCGCCCGUAACAAAGACAUCUGUCUUAAAAGCGGAAACUGUGAAACCAAAUGCCUACAUUGCGGUGAACAACACAAAUCAACUGACAAAGCAUGCCAAGAAUACAAAAGACAGCAGGCCAUUAAAAAAAUGAUGGCCUUCGACAAUUUAUCUUAUUACGAAGCCCAUCAGGCACUAAACAAACCACAAUACGUACCACAUCCAAAUGACUUCCCAAAUACGUUAAAAAAAGCUAACGACAAUUUAAUCAAUAUAACCCAAAGACCACUUAAUGCCAACGAAAAAAGGGCCCCAAAGAGACAGUAUGCACGAGCGACAUCACCACUAAAAAAAAAGCAGAAUAGCAGAAACCCCUGGCUGGCCAGGUAUGCACAAUAUGCAAACUCCAGCCCAAACCCACCCGACCCACAGAAAGAACCCAAAACUAACAUGUUUAUUGCUGGAAAUGACUACCCAGCAGAAUUUGACCUUUUUAAAGCCUCAAUGAACCAUUUCCAGAAAUUUUCAGAAAAAAUAAAUCAAAAUUUAUCAAAGCUAUUAUUAACUUACAGAUUCAACAGGGAAAUACUUGAAAACCUCAAUAAUGACCUGGAGGGGGCCAUGUUUCUCUUAGGGGACUUUAAUGCACACCACCAAUCAUGGGGUAGUCAUAGAGCAAAUCAAAACGGAAACAAAAUCGCUGAAUUCAUCAACGACAAUCACCUAGUAAUACUAAAUGAUAGCACCACAACAAGACUAACAAAACCGGGAAACAACCCCAGCCCCAUAGACUUAUCGAUUGUAUCAGCGGCAGCCAGCCCCUAUACCAACUGGGAAAAAAUUCCAGACAACGGCCCCAGCGACCACUUAUUAUACCUUAUGUACUUAAUCAACAAGGGAUCUGAAGUUUUGAAAUCUGAAGCUUCCAAUCCUGGUGAAACUGAUAAUUCCAAACCUAGUAAUGAUCCAGUGUAUUGGAAAGUAAACGAUUGGACUAGAGAAUACUUUGUAAAACAUGGCUUCAUGCAAAAUAAAGACUGUGAUUUUGAAAAAUCUAAAAGGGUGUUCCCCGAAAAAAACAGGUUCCUGUCAAAAUCACUGUAUAAAAGAAUACUUGCUAAUGGAGAUAUAGUUAACAGGGACUAUUUAGUGUAUUCUCCUAGUCAGGGGUCAGUGUUUUGUGGUCCGUGCAAAUUAUUUUGCAAAACUUCUAGUCAGUACAUAGAUGAAGGGUUCAGUGACUGGAAACAUGGUUCACAGCGUAUAAAAGAACAAGAAAAUUCAACUGCUGAUCUCGACAGCUUCUUAACGUUCAAACAGAGAGCUGCUGAAAUCGGGACGAUUAAUAAGCAACUUAUUUCUCAAGUUGAGGAAGAGAUCAACUAUUGGAGAACAGUUCUGCAUAGGGUUGUUUGUGUUAUAAAACAACUGGCAUCAAGAGGUCUUGCUUUUAGGGGAGAUGACGAAGUAUUUGGAUCGCUAAAUAAUGGAAAUUUUAUGAUGUGCCUGGAACUGAUAGCCGAGUCAUCGUACCUUUCCUCAACAGUGUGUGAAGAAUUAAUUGAAUUGAUGGGUAAAAGUGUUCUUGACACAAUCUUCAAUGAACUGAAAAAAUCAAAAUAUUUUUCAAUCAUAAUUGAUUCCACUCUCGAUGCUACCCAUAGCGACCAGUUAUCAUUCAUUUUAAGGUAUGUAAAUGAAAAUGGACUUCCAGAAGAACGGUUUGUCGGUUUCCUGAAACAUCAAGGCCAUACAGGUGCGCAGUUAGCUGAAUCAGUGCUUAACUUUUUAAAUGUGUGCACUGAAAGAAAUGGUUCUAUAAACCAGUAUUGUUAA